UAAUAUUUUUCAAUGGAGAAGUUUUGUGAGAGUUUCCAAAGGUAAUUUGGGGAUUUCUUCGAUUUGUUGUCGUCUCCUUCCUUGGGAAACCCUUAUUGAGGAUUCAAGAACGAUAAAUUUUUUGAGGUUUCUUUUUCCAUGGAGGAAACCAAAGCAGCAGUUCCUCCAACUACAGCUCCAUCUCAGACAUUGCCUCCUCUUCCUCCCAAACUUAAGAAGCGCCCACUUGACAGAAAUGCUUACGUCCAAUUUACAAAGAUGCGCGCUGUUAUUAGAGAUCUUCGUCCUCAUUUUCUCGAGGUUAUGAAGACUCCUGACUUUCGCAAUUGCAAGGCAGCUACUGAAAUUCGAGAAAGAAUAAAGGUUCUACAGGACAUGUAUGCAUCGAUGAUGUCAGCAACUUCAGAAACUCUUUACAUUGAAAAGACUUGUAAUGUGCUCGAUGGUCUGGCCCGAGAACAACACCAUGAUGGUAAACUGGGGGACAAGUCAUCUACAAAAUCAUAUGAAAGUAAUAACCCUUCAAGUUAUGCCCCAGAAAAGCAGCGUGCGAAUGAUGGCCCGAUAUCUGGAUCUUACGUUGUUGGUGGAUCGGCAUUUGGCUGGAAUUUCAUUGCCUUCACAGGUACCGAACCGGUAUACUAUGGAAUUACGAAGGAAGUAUUUCGAGAAAAGAAUCCCAUUGAUUCAUCAGAAUCAUGAUUUUGAAAUUAAUAUGCUAGGGAAGUGUUCUAUUUUAUCAUGACUUAAGAUGAACAUUCAAUAGAUGAAAUAGCCUUCUAUUUAGAAUGUGAAAUUGUGAAUCUACAAUGUGGAAGUUCAAGUAAUGAAGCUAUUAACAGUGAUGUUCUUUUAUCUAAUACCUUAGAUGUUUAACAUAUGGAAAUGGGGUCUUUGUUGAACCAAUUCCCAAGUAAUGUACAAAAUUGUUGCUGCUGAAAUAUAGACAUAUUAAUUUAAUA